AUGUUUUUUCGUUUUCUCUCAACGAUCAUCACUGGAAAAACGACAAAACGAAGCAUUUCAGCGCUAAAUAAAAUGCAAUUGAAACUUUUGACAGCCGAGGAUUUGAAUCGAUUUGAGACGUUUCUUUUCGAUGCUGAUGGUGUUUUAUGGAGAGGCGGCGAGACGAUUGCCGGAUCUGUGGAAUUUGUGCAACAAUUGCAACGCCAGGGUAAACGAGUUUUUGUCAUCACGAAUAAUAGCACGAAGACGAGGAGUCAAUAUUUGAAGAAAUUGCAUGGUUUAGGCUUCGAUCUGCCCGAGUCAAAUGUCAUCUCGCCGGGUGUCGUUUUGCCGAUGUAUUUGAAAGAUAAUGGCUACGAGAACAAGAAGAUCUAUUUGAUCGGCACUCCAUCAUUAAAAGAUUCGCUCGAGAAAGGAGCUGGAGUGAAAUGUGUUGGAUUGGGGCCUGAACACUUCGAGGAUCUCACCGACACAGAUUUCAUCUUCCAACUUGAAAACGAUGAAGAGAUCGCUGCAGUGGUUGUCAGUUUUGAUGGGCAUAUAAGUUACCCAAAAAUCAUGCGCGCUGCGAACUACCUUCGCGAUUCGAGUGUCGAUUUUUUCAUCACAAACGAGGAUACGACUUUCCCUGGCCCAUGCGAUGAUGUCAUUGUGCCUGGCACUGGUUGCAUAGCGGCUGCAAUUCGAUCGGUCGUCGAUCGAGAGCCACUCGUUUUCGGCAAACCGAACACACCGAUUGCCGAUUUUCUGAAAAGACAUCAUCACAUUGACGCGACGAAAACGAUCAUGUUUGGGGAUCGGCUUGACACGGAUAUUAUGUUUGCGAAUGGGAAUGGUUUCACUUCGUGUUUAAUGUUGACGGGGAUUCAUUCACUGGAAACAGUGAAUAAGGCGAAAUUGGCCGGAAAUCACUUGCAGAUUCCUCAUUUUCAAUUCGCAUUUUCCCCGUACGCUGGAUUGACAAAUGGAUUU